AUGAAGCUCGCAAUUCUCGACGACUACCAAUCCAUCUCCCCAGCGUAUUUCGACCCGCUGCGCCCGCGCCUAACCACCAUAUCCUACUACCCCGACACGCUGAACCCCCACGACCUCUCGCAGCAAGAAGCACUCAUCGCGCGCCUCGAACCAUACGACAUCAUCAUGACCAUGCGCGAACGCACCCCCUUCUCAUCAUCCACGCUCUCUCGCCUCCCGAACCUGAAGCUCCUCCUCACGACCGGAAGCCGCAAUCUAGCCCUCGACGUGACGUACGCCGCCUCACGAGGGAUCCCAGUCGCUGGGACUUCCGCACGCCCUGUCGGCGUACACUCGACGGUGCAACAUACCUGGGCUCUUAUCUUAGCGUUGGCGCGGGGUGUAGCGCGCGACGACGCGGCCAUUAAGCGUGGGGAGUGGCAGGGGUCGGAGCUGGGGAUUUCGCUGGCGGGUAAGACGCUGGGCGUGUUGGGGUUGGGGAAAUUAGGAACGGGGGUGGCGAGGAUUGCGGCGCAGGGGUUCGGAAUGAAGAUCAUUGCUUGGUCGACGAAUUUGACACAGGAGAAGGCAGAUGAGGUAGCUCGUGACGCGGGUCUGGAGGCCGGAAGCAUCAAGGUAUCUGCGACCAAGGCGGAAUUCUUCGCGACUGCCGACGUGGUUAGCUUGCAUAGCGUUUUGUCUGAACGGAGUCGGGGGAUUGUCGGAGCCGAGGAACUCAAGGGGAUGAAGAAGAGCGCGUUAUUGGUGAAUACGUCUCGGGGUCCGCUGAUUGAUCAGGAUGCGUUGUUGGAAACGCUGAAUCGGGGUGGGAUCUGGGGGGCGGCGCUGGAUGUGUUUGAGACGGAGCCGUUGCCGAAGGAUAGUCUUUGGAGGACAACGAGCUGGGGAGAGAAUGGUAGGAGUCAGGUACUUUUGACACCCCACACGGGAUACCUGGAUGAGCAGAUCAAUGGCUGGUACAAGGAAGCUGCGCAGAAUUUGGAGAAGUGGCUGGAUGGGAAGGAGCUGAGUGUGCGAUUGAAUUAG